AUGGCAACAUAUAAAACGAAACCACAGCAUGGGUGGUCUCCCUCUCACUCAAACCUCCGUGUCGAAAGGAAACGCAACUCCCAUGCCCCCCGCGUUCACGAUCGGCGAUCUUGUCACAAGCCCACCCAAGCGUUCCAGCAUCAAACCGGCGUCAAGGCCAAAGCCCAGGUCCAAGCUCCAGCCGAGGAGCUCCUCACUCAAACCACCUGCUCAGAGCAGAUCACCCGAGUCAAGAGCCAUGGCGAAAGUGUCGUGCAAGGGCGAUUGGUCGGGGUACAACAAGGGCCACCUACCUCUGCUGUCACUGUCAGCGGACCACGUGCAAGUACGAGACAUGAGCGCGAGCCGUAG